UAUACCGUCGUCGAUUUUAGCCUUCAUUUUGCCAAUUAAGAUUUGGACAACGAUCCGCCCCCCUAAAUCGACAAGAUCUACACAGCGCACGCCAAUCUCAGCCUCAGCCAAGCUCGUGACCACAUUCUUGAUCUAUCAAUCAUUGUAUCGUAAACGUCGUCUUGUAUAUUCCAGUUUACGAUCUCGAAUCCUAUUCUAGUAUACCACAAACAUGGCAGGAAUACCCGGUUUCGUUGGCUUUGCAGUUGAUGUCAGUUCCUCAUUAGUUAGGCGACAGCAAGGAUGUGUCCUGUGCCCGGACACGCCUCCUGAUUGCCCAUCAUGCGCUGCCGACGAGAGCUGCGUUACGAUCUCCCAAACUUGUGAUUCGUGCUCUCAGACCGUAUGUAUGCCAGAUCCCAACAAAGCUUCGUCUGGCGGCAAUUCGGGACCAAAUGCCGGGGCCAUUGCCGGUGGUGUGAUCGGAGGUCUCGUCUUGAUUGCGGGUUUGACGUACUUGCUGUGGAGGUUUUGCAUCAAGAAUAAGAGAGCAAGCUAUGCGGAGCAAUGGCAAGGAGAGGGAGAACGUACGAAGGAACAUGUGGAUACCGAUUUUGCUUCGAGGCGGUCUCAGAGAGAAUCGACACAUACCGUCCACUCUAUCGCGUCGACCGUUUUGACCCGCGCCUCGAACAUCAUCCAGAUCGCCUACAUUCCAGGCGUCACCAACAGAGCGACUCCUACAUCGCCAACGCUACUGGUCCCUCCAGUUCCUCCAAUUCCUAUUGCACAUGCCGAAAGUGCUACUUCUUCACCGUACGAGGACCAACACUUCUUUGUACUGGGUGACGCUCGUGACUCGACUUACUCUGGCAUCUCCGCUUACUCGGACCGAACAUCCUACGCUCGCACAUCGUAUGCUCCUCGUUCCAGUGUGGCAUCUACCAUUUAUGGGAAGAACGCUGUCGUAUCACCUGUGCCGGCGCAAAAAGGCAACUUCCUCAAGCCAUCUCUUGUUAGCGUUAAGUCACGGGCUGCAAGCACCAAUAGCGAUGACUCUGCGCCACCAGUACCAUCAGUCAAUUACGAGAAAUAUGACAAAUUUGACAAGCCUCCCCCAUCGCCCGCUUUCAGUAUUGGCUCGACAUUUCUCAAGAAUGCUAGCGCGUCAACGGCCACUUCAGUAAGGCCGCAAGUUGUCCGCGUUGGCACUGGCCCCAAAACUGUCGACAUCAAAACAUCAUCCAAAUCACCGUCCACCUCGGGAACCCCGACACUGGCAGAGCUCGAGAGUCCUGGGCCUCGGAGUUUCUUGUCUAGUGGGGUUACAACUCCUGCAAAUGAUCGCGAAUCAGUUGCGGUCACUCUGAUCGAGGAUGACACGCCAACUAGCGAUCAAGGACCGUUUUCCGAUCCUCCCGUAGCGAAGAAUGGGCCCAGGAGGAACAGUUCGCUCAGCGCUGUCAUUGAGGAGUCAACAAGGCGUGCGUCACAAAUUGACCCUUACCGGAAACCGUCAGCUGUCGCCAGGAAUAGCAGCCCCUUUGGUGACGAAAACGCAUUACGCGAGUAACCGGAUUUAUUGCAGGCCAAAAUUUUUAUUCUAUGAAUAUAUCUUGAUGAGAUAUGGGGUAUGCGAGGAGCUAAGGCCGAAUUGGAUGUCUUUCUAUUUCCCUCUACCGAUUUUACUGUUCAUGUGUCACUCGACCAAUUCAGGGGGGAAAGAGCGUUGGCCGUGUUCUGUCUAUUUUAUUUUGGGUUAUCUCAUUCCCGGUCAAACUAAAUUUAACUGUUAUUUUCU